AUGCAAUCACAAUCAUUAGUGUCUUAUCAUAAAGGACUAGGUAUAGGUGAUAAUUAUUCUGAAUGGAAUUUAUUACGAGAAGAUAUAAGUUUACCAGCUGCUGUUCUUGUAUCGGAAAAUAUUGAAAAUAAUCUUGAAUGGAUGCAAAAAUUUAUUGAAAAAUAUAAUGUUAAAUUAGCACCACAUGGUAAAACAACAAUGGCACCUAAACUUUUUCAUAAACAACUUGAACAUGGUGCUUGGGCAAUAACAUUAGCGACUGUUCAACAAGUACAAGUCGCUUAUUCAGUUGGUAUUCGUCGUAUAUUAAUGGCAAAUCAAUUAAUUGGUAAAACAAAUAUGAAAAUUAUUCAAGAAUUAUUAAAUAAUGAUCCUAAUUUUGAUUUCUAUUGUUUAAUUGAUUCAUCAGCUAAUAUCGAACAACUUGGACAAUUUUUUAAUAAUAAUAAAACACAAAAACGAUUACAAGUUCUUCUUGAAAUCGGUGUUAAUAAUGGACGAACAGGAAUACGAAAUGAAGACGAAGAAAAACUUAUUUUAGAUACUCUAUCAAAAUAUGAAAAUUCUUUAGCUCUUGUAGGUGUUGAAUUAUUUGAAGGUGUAUUAAAUGAUGAACAAUCCAUCCGACUUAUGUUACAACGAACUGUUGAUUGUUUACAACGUUUAAUUAAUUCAAAUAAACUAUCUCGUUCACCACCAAUAUUAUCAGGUGCUGGUUCAGCAUGGUAUGAUAUUGUUGCUGAAGAAUUUUCUAAAGUUAAUUCUACAGUUGAUAUUGUUCUUCGAUCUGGUUGUUAUCUAUCACAUGAUAUGGGUACUUAUCACCGUGCACAAGCACGUAUUCUUCAACAAAAUUCAAUUGCUAAAGAAAUUAGUACUAAUGGUGCACUUCGACCUGCACUUCAAAUUUGGGCUUAUGUACAAUCAAUACCUGAAACGAAUCGAGCAAUUAUUGGUUUUGGUAAACGUGAUGCAGCAUUUGAUGCUGGUUUUCCUAUACCUAUUCUUCAUUAUCGACCGGAAUGGUCUAAACCUAUUGAAAUAGAUGAAAAAAACUAUCAAAUAACACAUAUGAUGGACCAACAUGCAUAUUUAAGUUGUCCAUCUGAUCAUAAUCUUCAUAUUGGUGAUAUAAUUGCAUUUGAUAUAUCUCAUCCAUGUUUAACAUUUGAUAAAUGGAGAAAAAUUUUACUUAUUAAUAAUCAAUAUACAGUCAUUGAUAUUAUUGAUACACAUUUUUAA